AUGGCUAAAGGACCAAAGUUUGAGUUGAAGACUCCCAAGGGGACGAAGGACUGGCAAGGGAAGGAUAUGGUCAUUCGGGACAAAAUCUUUUCUACCAUCACUGAAGCCUUCAAGCGCCACGGAGCAGUCACUAUUGAUACCCCGGUCUUCGAGUUAAAGGAUAUUCUUGCAGGGAAAUAUGGCGAAGACAGCAAACUUAUUUACGACCUGGCAGACCAAGGUGGGGAGAUUUGUUCACUCAGAUAUGAUUUGACAGUACCAUUCGCAAGAUGGUUGGCCAUGAAUGGAAGCGUUCAAAGUAUCAAGAGAUAUCACAUCGCAAAAGUCUACAGACGAGAUCAGCCAGCCAUGACCAAAGGUCGCAUGAGAGAAUUCUACCAAUGCGAUUUCGAUAUUGCAGGUGUCUACGAUCCUAUGUUACCCGAUGCUGAGAUUAUCAGGGUUGCAACGGAAGUUUUUGAAGGCCUUGGCUGGAAGGGACGAUAUACCAUCAAGCUCAACCACCGAAAAAUAUUAGACGGUAUCUUCGAAGUUUGUGGAGUUCCAGAGGACAAAAUUCGUACAAUCUCCUCUGCGGUAGAUAAGCUCGAUAAACUCCCAUGGGAAGAUGUGCGCAAGGAGAUGACUGAAGAAAAGGGGUUAGCAGAAGAUGUUGCGGAUAGAAUUGGAGAAUACGUCGUACAGAAGGGCCAGAAAGAUCUCCUCGGCAAAUUACAUGCUGAUGAGAGGCUGAUGGCCAAUGCUUCUAUGAAAGCCGGUCUGGAAGAUAUGGAUCUUUUGUUCAAUUAUCUCGAGGCAUUCAAAUGUCUGGAAAACGUCUCAUUCGAUUUAAGUUUAGCACGAGGGCUCGAUUACUAUACAGGCAUCAUCUAUGAAGUCGUUACGGAAGGGUCUGCACCUCUUGCGAGUACAUCAGCUGUCCUUGCCGCGCCGCCAAGAUCUUCUAAGAAGCCCAAGAAAGUAGCCGAUGCCGAUGAGGAUCGCUCAUCGGAUCCGAGUGUGGGUGUUGGAAGUGUCGCAGCUGGUGGACGAUAUGAUAACCUUGUCGGUAUGUUUGCUGGGAAGGGAAGGCAAAUCCCUUGUGUCGGCAUUUCAUUUGGUGUCGAUAGAAUUUUCUCAAUCACAAAGGCUAGAAUGGAGGAAGAGCAGACAGCAGAGCAAGUGCGCAACAACGAUGUAGAUUGUUUCGUCAUGGCAUUUGGAGGUAAGGGCUUCACAGGGCUCUUGAAGGAACGAAUGUCAAUUUGCUCAACUCUUUGGGAAGCUGGUAUCAAGGCGGAGUUCCUUUACAAAGUUAAACCAAAAUUGCCAAAUCAAUUCAAGGCUGCGGAGGUCAACGGUGUACCUUUCAGCGUCAUCCUAGGUGAGGAUGAAAUUGCUCAAGGCAAAGUUAAGAUUAAGGAGAAUGGUCUAAGGGAUGGCCACCCGGAGAAAGACGGUGUUAUGGUCAAUCUUGACGCUUUGGUCUCUGAAGUCAAGCAACGUCUGAAGAGAAAGGCAGAUAUCGAUAACAUGACGCGAAAAGCCGAUGGUCUGAGAGUUGUAGGAGGCAUUAAAGACGAUAAAGUUAAGGUAGAAGCAAUCCCUGCAGAAGAAUCUACAACUGAGGCUCCGGUAGCAAAUGCUACAGGAUCUGCACCAUCGACAGAAAGUGCUGAGCCUGCAUCAGAGACGGAGAACCCUGCAGAAGCUAUAGGAGCUGUCCCUGCCUCUUAA